UGAGAAGGUCAAAUUACUGAGCGUGUCUGUUAUACACAACUGAGGUACUUGCUCUUGAAUUAGUAUCGAAGCUGUUUAGUUUGCAUCUGAACACUGUGCUUGUGAACAACUAAUCAUGGCACACGCCUCCAUCUGAUAGUUGACUCCCUCCCCAGAAGACCUGCCAUUUCAUCUCAUUACCAGCAGUCAUCUGAAAAGGGGUUCCUGCCAAGAUGUUCAGCACCAAAAGAUUGAAGAAGAAAUCUCAGUCGGUGGACAUAGCCACACAUGGAUACUCCGCCCCUCUGGCUGCGGGGCUCAGCAGGGCUUCUCCGCCUGUCGCCAGGACGACCACAUUCGGCGUACAAGAAAACAACGCCACCAACUCCAAAAGAUUUGGCCCCCGAUGCAGCGAGCUACUACAGCGAUGCUACACUAUAGAUACCGGCCAGAAGAAGACUCCGGAGAAGAAGGAUGGACGCCGCAUGUCAUUCCAGAGACCGAAGGGGACCGUUGAAUAUUCCGUGGAAUCGCGGGACACGUUGAACAGCAUCGCACUGAAGUUUGAUACAACCCCCAAUGAGCUUGUUCAGCUGAACAAGCUCUUCUCCAGAGCUGUCGUUCCUGGCCAGGUUCUGUACGUUCCUGAUCCCGAGUACGUCUCCAGUGUCGGCAGCUCCCCCUCCCUCAGUCCCAUCAGCCCCCUGUCUCCCUCCUUCUCCGCAGCAGACUUAGAGAAAGUGACGAAUUCAGAUGGGGCACCAGCACCUCAGCCUCCGACAGAAGGCCAGGGCCAAGCCGGCCUCCGCCUCCGCCCCGCCCGUGUGGUGUCGUCCACCUCGGAGGAAGAAGAGGCCCUGACCGAGAGGUUCCUCAAGAUCAACUGCAAGUACAUUACAGAGGGCAAGGGUGCUGUCAGCGGUGUGCUGCUUGUGACGCCCAACAACAUCAUGUUCGACCCGCACAGGACAGACCCGCUCGUGCAGGAGCACGGCUGCGAGGAGUAUGGCAUCAUGUGCCCCCUAGAGGAGGUCAUGUCUGCCGCGAUGCACAGGGAAAUCACAGACAGCAAAGUCAGAGAGUCACUCCCUCCAGACCUGGAGCAGCCUUCGUCAGGCCAGGACACGUGCCACCCGAAGAGAAUACCUCAGAGCGCCCCCGACGAGACGCAGCCGCGGGGGGAGGGCCCCGGCGCGGGCCCCCGUAGCACCGAGGCGUCCCUCUCCGAGGACGUCUUCACCGAACCCGACCUCUCCCCCAUCCGGGAGGAGCCUCCGACCUCCGACGACCCGCGGCCCGACAGGCCCUCGGACCCCGCCGACGCUCCGGGGGGACAGCGGGAGGGCCCGGGGCCGGGGGACGAGCCAGACCGCAGGACCGCCCGGCCCCUCUCCGAGGCAGGGUCGGAGAAGCAGGGUGCGGAGCGAGAGCCGGGCGUCGGCACGCCCGCCGGGGGGGACCAGGCGGAGGGGCCAGAUUCGCCGGGCCCGGUCGUCCCCCGGCCACCCGGCCAGGAGGGCCCGGAGAAGGGCCGGCUGGUCAGAGAGGGGACGGGGGAUUCCGAGACGGACGUGGAGGAGCUGAGGAAGAUGUGGAAGUGUCACACUAUGCAACAAGCCAAGGAGCAGAGGGAGAAUGUACAGCAAACGCACAAGGAGGGCGCACCGGUCAGCCCAGGGCAGGCAGCUGAGGAGCCCCGCGCUACAGAAGGGCCCAUGGCCCAGGUGGAGCAGCAGAGGCACCAAGCACACAAGUUCCUGUGCCUGAGGGUGGGCAAGCCCAUGAAGAAGACCUUUGUCUCCAACGCCAGCGCCUCCAUGCAGCAGUACGCACAGAGGGACAGGAAGCACGAGUACUGGUUCGCCGUGCCACAAGAGAGAUCAGACCAUCUAUACGUGUUCUUCAUCCAGUGGAGUCCUGAUAUGUUCGGGGAAGGGCUGGGAGGCCUGAGCCGGGAGCCUGGCUUCAUGGUGGUCAAGAAAAACGAGGAGUACGAAAGCGGAGAGGAGCCUACGGAUACAGACACGGAGUGGGAGGUAGUGUCAUUGGCUGAGUAUCACCGCAGGAUUGACGCGCUAAACAGCGAAGACCUGCGUGCGCUCUGCAAACGUCUCCAGAUCUCGACGAAGGAGGAUGUCAACUCCAAGCAUGGCACCUCCAUCAAGACGGACCUGGAGCCAGAGACGUUCAGACCCAACCUCAGCGAACCAAGCGACCUUCUGCAGGCAGAUCAAAUUGAGAAGCUUGCGAAGAAUCUCCCGCCGCGGACGAUUGGGUACCCCUGGACGCUGGCCUUCGGCACGUCGAAACACGGGAUGAGCAUAAAGACGCUGUACCGUGCGAUGCAGGGCCAGGACACGCCUGUUCUGCUGGUCAUCAAAGACAGCGAUGGAGGGAUCUUUGGCGCGUUAGCUUCAGAACCCUUUAAAGUCAGCGAUGGCUUCUACGGGACUGGAGAGACCUUCCUCUUCUCCUUCUACCCAGACUUUGAGGUAUUCAAGUGGACAGGGGACAACAUGUUUUUCAUCAAGGGAGAUAUGGACUCCUUAGCAUUUGGAGGUGGAGGGGGCGAGUUUGGACUGUGGCUGGACGGAGACCUCUAUCACGGCAGGAGUCACUCAUGCAAAACCUUCGGGAACCCGAUGCUGUCCCGAAAGGAGGACUUCUAUGUGCAGGACAUAGAGAUCUGGUCAUUCGAAUAAGACUUUUGGGCGGGGUGGGGGGGGGUAGGUGGGGAUUAUCGAAACGUAGGACAUCCCCAAAAAGGCAGCAUCCCAAACCUGACUCUGCAUCGCCUCGACUCCCACGAACGCUGGCGAGAAAACGCACGACCAAGCUUACUGUCUGUUACUACUAUUAUUACUUGCGAUAAUACAGAGCUUAUUCUCUGUCAAGUUAUUGUUGGUGUGUUUUCUCAAGAGAUUUGGGAGGGCAGGAAGUGGGAGGGGGCGGUGUGUGAAUAGGGGUUACUAGGGUGACGUCAGGAGCGAGAGAGAGGCAGGCCGUCGAAAUGCUCAUGGAAUUACGGGGUCGAAGGCCGUUAACACCUCAGGUGCCGAUGAUGGUAGCACAGGUAUGGGACCAGCAGAGGAAACUGCGGUAACUUAUGCAGAUACACAACUUUACCCCUCUUCCGGAUGUUUCCUCGUACCGUCCUUCGGUAGGGUCAAGCUAACUCGGGGCGGGCCUUGAACUACAUCCGAGAGGAAGUCUCAGCUGUGUACGCCUAAGCAUGUCUGCAGGUUGGGACCCUGGAAAUAAAGCCAACAGUUUCCACCUGGCUCUUGCUCUGGGAAGCAAAGUAUAGAGUACUUUGUAUUAUAGUUCUCCUGUCACUCACCCGUCACUGCAUACUCUACCAUCUCCAAGCACAUAGCUAUGACCCAUAGUCGUACUGUUCUGUUAAGUGGGUGUACGUGUGAGUUCAGCUAACACCUCCUCCUGCCAGGAGCUGUGUGUACUGUUCGUAGACAGUAAUGUGUUGCAAUAGAUUUGUGGAAUAUGCAAAUUACUGUCAUGUGACCUCAAGUAAUACGGGGGGCGGGGGUGGGGGGGGGCACUUUGUCUACCUGUUGUUCUUUCAGAGAGAACUUGUAAAGCUUUUACGUCUUGACAAAUAAUUGCUUUUCUGGAUAUAAUUUGAAAAGCCUGAGACGUGGUUUAUUGUUUUACAUAAAUAUAUGGCAGAUAUAUAUUUAUAUAUAUAUGGUUAUAUAUAAAUAUAUAUAUAUAAUUAUAUAUAUAUAUUGCUGUUAUACGUGUGACAGUGAUCUUUCUUUGUGCUGACAUUUCAGCUGCUACAAAUAUAAUGUAUAUUACCCUGUAAAUUAAUGUUAAAAUAGUAGAUUUGUUCCUAUAUAUAAAUAUACAUAAAUACAUAUAUAUAAAUAUAAAUAUAUAUAUAUAAAGUGUGGAUUGGUGGGUUGCUUAUAGCACUUUAAUCUAGUUUAAAAGCAUAAGGCCAGGUUCUUUAGUACAUUUAGCAGUAGCUGUACAGUCAGUUUUCUUUGUUUAGAUCAUCAAGAUGUUAAUUGUUUAUAGGAAGCUUGCUGCUGCAGUAUUUAAAAAAAUAAAAAGUUGACGGGCAGUCCCGAACACCCAGCGUUACAGACGAAGAGAGCGCAAAUCUCUCCUCUCCAUGUUACCUGUCCAGUGGUGUCACGUUGUUAGCGCGUAGACGAUGUUUACAGACAGCUAGAGGAGGACACGGAGAUGUAAAUAACAGUACAACAGUACAUUUUCUCAGUAGCUUCUUUCUUUUUUUUUGCCCCCCCCCCCUCUCUGGUCUUCCACAGCAGUGUUGGUGUCCCUGUGGAGUUUCAAAGAACUACAUAAGUCCUCCGAUUAAUUUAAUCAGAUUACAGUGUAACAGUGAUGUAUAAAUAACAAUACAAAUGAAUAAAUUGUGUAACCUGGGA